UAUGGGUCCCAUAAGCAGACAGACAGAAAGGCUCAGCUGCGUCGUCACUCGUCACGCUCCCGGGCCGGCCACUCCCGACCCCAAUCCACAAGGAGCGCAGCAACCCAUGGCUUCCUUGCCUCUGUGCCGCUCGCCUUCCUCCCUCCUCCCCUCAUGGCCUCACCGGCCAAUCUCCGCCUCCUUCCACCCGAAGAACCCCUCCUCCUCAGCCGCCGCUCACGUCUCCGUCCAGGACCCGCCUCCCUCGGACCCGGCGCCUCCCUCGGACCCCAACAAAUCCAGCAGCAACACGAGGUACCUCUGGGUUAACCCCAACAGCCAGCGCACCGCCGGCCUCGCCCGCGCGCGCGCCGGAUCCAGCCGUCGCGCGCGCCUCGCCUCCGCCGCCGCGGCGCUCGGCGCGUGCGAGCCCGCCGAGGCGGCCGUGGCGAACGUGCUUGAAGCCGCCUUCCCCGAGCGUCCCUCCGAGCAGGACGCCGUCAUCGUGCUCAACACGGCCGCAGCUAGGCCGGACACCGCCUUGCUCGCGCUCCGCUGGUUCCUGGGAAACGCCGAGGUCCGGAAGAAGGUCAUCCUCUACAACGUGGUACUCAAGCUGCUCCGCAAGAAGCGGCGCUGGAGCGACACAGAGGUGCUCUGGGGCGAGAUGCUACAGGACGGUGUGCAGCCGGAUAACACCACAUUCUCAACCGUCAUCAGCAGCGCUCGCGCCUGCGGCCUGCCUAGCAAGGCCGUGGAGUGGUUCGAGAAGAUGCCGGAGUUCGGGUGCUCACCGGACAUGCUCACGUACUCGACGGUGAUCGACGCGUACGGCCGCGCCGGGAACGCCGAGGCGGCCCUAAGCUUGUACGAUCGCGCUCGCGCCGAGAAAUGGCAGCUCGACCCCGUCAUUUGCGCCACAGUGAUCAAGGUGCACUCGACCACCGGUAACUUCGAUGGCGCGCUCAACGUGUUCGAGGAAAUGAAGGCGGCUGGCGUGAAGCCAAACCUGGUCGUGUACAACACCAUGUUGGACGGCAUGGGCCGCGCAAUGCGGCCUUGGGUGGUGAAGACCAUCCACAGGGAGAUGGUUGACCAGCAGGUGCAGCCCAGCAGGGCGACGUACUGCUGUCUCCUGCACGCGUACACCAGGGCGCGCUACGGCGAGGACGCCAUGGCCGUGUACCGGCUGAUGAAGAACGAGGUGAUGGACAUCGACGUGCUGCUGUACAACAUGCUCCUGUCCAUGUGCGCCGACAUUGGAUACACCGAUGAGGCCGAGGAGGUCUUCCGGGACAUGAAGGCGUCCAUGGAUGCCCGGUCUAAGCCUGACAGCUGGAGCUACUCAUCAAUGGUGACGCUGUAUUCUUCCACUGCCAACGUCCUGGGUGCAGAGGGCAUACUGAACGAGAUGGUAGAGGCUGGCUUCAAGCCGAACAUCUUCGUCCUCACCUCGCUUAUUCGGUGCUACGGUAAGGUGGGGCGCACCGACGACGUGGUCAAGUCAUUUGGCCUGCUCGAGGAGCUCGGUAUCAGCCCCGACGACCGGUUCUGCGGCUGCCUUCUCAGCGUGGCGGCGAAUACGCAGGCGGACGACCUGGGCAAGGUGAUCAACUGCAUCGAGAGAAGCAAUGUCCAGCUUGGCGCCGUAGUUAAGCUUCUGGUGGACAGGAGCGCCUCCUCUGAAUCUUUCAGGGAAGCGGCUAGCGACCUGCUGAGCAGCGCCCGCGGCGUGGUGAAGAUGCCUUACUGCAACUGCCUGAUGGACCUGUGCGUGAACCUGAACCAGAUGGAGAAGGCCUGCGCGCUCCUCGAUGCCGCGCAGCAGCUCGGCAUCUACGCCAGCAUCCAGACCAGGACGCAGACGCAGUGGUCGUUGCACCUCAGGGGCCUCUCCGUCGGCGCGGCACUGACCACGCUGCACGUCUGGAUGAACGACCUGUACACAGCGCUGCAGAGCAGCGGCGAGGAGCUGCCGCCGUUGCUGGGGAUCCAUACGGGGCAGGGAAAGAACACGUACUCGGACAGAGGGCUGGCUGCCACGUUCGAGGCGCAUCUGAAGGAGCUCGACGCGCCGUUCCACGAGGCACCCGACAAGGCCGGAUGGUUUUUGACGACGAGCGUUGCUGCCAAGCACUGGCUGGAGGCGAAGAAGUCGUCAGAAUUGGUUGCUGUGUAAACUGGCUAAUUUAGGGCGUACAUAGGAUUAUUUUCUGUGUAAUCUGCAGGUGUUUUCUCAGAUACCCUCCUCGGCAGAUUUCUGCAGGUAGAUGCUCAAUUGCUUCCUUCUACUUUCCAAAGAUCCCUUUCUAUUGCUUUCCAGAUGCUCAGACCAAUGAAUACCAGUUCCAGUUCUUCAUUCA